AUGGAGGCCCAGGGCAAGUUGGACGAGUGCCUGGCGCAGAAGGUCCAGCUCGAGGAGCAGUUGGAGCAGCAGCGCGUGACGGCCCACAAUCUGGCUCAGAAGCAGAGGGAAAUGGAGGAGCUCCUAGAACUCGAGCGCAGCUUCAACCAGAAGAUUGUCGCGGAGAAGAGGGAGAUUCAGGAGCAGCGGGAGGUCCUCCUCCAGCAGAAGGAGCAAGAGAUCCAAGCCAUCCUCCGCGAGGAGCGAUUUCAGAGCCAGGAGCUCUUGGCCACCCAGGCAGCGCGCCAAAGCGACGAGGACAAGAAGCGACAGGCAGAGUUGGACGCAGUUCGCGCGCAACUGGGCCAGGUCACGCAUCAGUUGGAGGAGGAGAUCCGGGCAGAGUCUCAACGCAAGGCCAGCGCCCACCUCACCAUGUCUAACCAAUACCCCCCCCCCCAUUUAUACAUGUAUAUAUAUAUAUAUUUAUUUAUUUAUACAUAUGUUUUUGUGUAUUUAUAUUUAUAUUCAUAUUAA